CGUCCUCUGUAAUAACUGCAUGGGGAAUUAAUAAACUAUUCAGCACAGCACGCUGGAGACUUUAUUCAGUUUGAGCAGCUGACAGUGACUAGUAGAAGUGCGUCAAUGUCUGAGCGUGUGAGCUUCCUCUUUGGCACAACAAGCUCGUGGUAUUGGCUCAAAAAUUAAAAGGAGAAGACACCGUGAACAUGGCCCGACCUCUGCGGGUCCUCUCGCUCCUCUCCGGGCUCGGCUCUCUGAAGCCCUCCGUUUCUAUUAACGUCUGUCGGGCUGCGAGCAGAGGAGCCAGCGAGCCCAGAGACAGAGCGUCAAACAGAGCUCCCAGACACGGCGAGGACAUGUCUGUGGGUGAAUGUGGACUAGAGGAUGUUGAAGAAAAGCUCGAGGCCUUUGUUGAUGAGGAGAGGAAGGGGCAGAGGACUGUGAGGUAUCAUAUACUGAGAAGGCAGAUGACUCCAACAGGAGCUCCACAGAGGAGGCUAACCUGGGAUGCUAUGGAGCAAAUCAGAUAUCUGAAGAAAGAGCAGCCAGAGGAGUGGACAGUAGAGCGCCUGGCUGAGGGCUACUCUGUCACCCCUGAUGUCAUCCUAAGAGUCCUCAGGAGCAAGCAUGUCCCCGCACCUGAUAGAAAAAUAAAGCAGGAUGCCAAAGUAAUGGUUCGUCACGGUCAGCAGGUGCUGCCUUCAGGUGCUGGGGCGGGGCAGAAUAGGCUGAAGCUGCCUGGAAACCGCUCAUUAGCUGCACUUCCACCGGGAAGUAGAGACAGUGCAGUGGUGCCUGUGGCCGACCAGACUCUGAUGCUUCGUCAUGAAGGUACAGGAUCCCUGGCUAAGAUUCCUGCCCCUGCUACUCCACUGCCCACCCAGUUCAGAGCUGGUAGUAAAGACGUCCCUGUGACGAGAUCAGAAGAAGAGGACAGCAGUUCUGACACAGAUCCUACAAAGGAUGACAAAGAGGACGAGGAGAGCUGGGAUGGACGGCUGUUGACGGACAAAGAACUUGAAGAGUGUAUGGAAAUGGAAAAGACUGACCCUGUGGUGCAAGUUGGCAAUGACUUCUUUGACGGAGAGGGAAACUUUUUGUAUAGAAUCUGAGGACGUCCUGUGUUGGAACUGUUGACUAACCAUGUGUGAUGUUCAGGUUGGCAUUAUGACAAAUAUUUAUCUGCUCAGUGACUUUCUAAACAGAUUAUUACUUAAUAGGCAAAUAAAACAAUUUGUCAAUGGCUUUUUUCCAACUCUGAUGAAACUGCAGUUGUACUGUAAGAGUAUUUCAACCUGCUUGCAGGAGCCAUCCGGCAGCCAGAAUGUUUUUUGGUAACUGACUCCACAACAUAUUAUUUUGUGCUGUAAAAUAAGAGUCAGUUGACAAAAAUAGAGGAACUUGUGAAUUUAUUGGUAAACCCAAAGAAAAUGCCUCAAAUAUACAGAAGCGAGAAACAUAGCAGAUACAAAGAUGUAACCUUGUAUAUUUACAGAACCAUCACAAUGACUUAUUAAUUUAUACAGCAGUUUUAAACAGUAAGAAAAAUUUUACUUUCAUUUAAUGCAAUAAACCUUCAUACAAUAACUUGCCCAAGUGUCUCCCAGUGUAUAGCAGCUACAUAAUAACCCUGUGUCCAUUCUGUGUUUUUUAAUCUUGUCUCAAUCAGAAUUAUUUAUCAUACCAAGACAUAAAAUAGAGCAUAACCAGGUUAUUGGGGGUGAAUUUCUUUACAAAGCUCUUGAUUUAAAUAGUUAAGAGUUAACAUGCAGUUCAAUGGGAGCUCGUAUGAAACAUACAUGUACGUCACUGCUCAAGGAUUCAUUUUAGGCAACAAGUGCAACUUCAGGGUGUCACUGACAUACUGGAUGGACAUGGUUACACAUUAGUUGAUAUAAAUUAUAGUCAGUAAAGAGAUGCUGGCCACACAUCGGGAGGGCCUUGCAUUGUAUCCUAACACCAGGCACUUGUAUAACCACGUCCAAUUUACUGCACUCUGAAUCUGCAAGUCACAAAUAAAUAAAAUCUGCAUGAAAACAACGUAUUUAACACAAAACAGACGGAUAAAUGUGCAACAAAUGUUUAAAUGAAAAAAAAAUAGCCAAGACUUGGCGUGAUAGACAAGACAGAUCUUUUAAGAGGCAUUGACUGAUCCAGUUUAGCUUUAAAAUGACAGCAGUAUCAGGAUGAUUAAAAAUAAAAAUGAGAAACUUUCAAAAACCCUGUUUGUUUUUGGUAAAUUUGCUCCACCUCGGAUGCAAAUACCAAUUUAAAACUCCAACAACCUCAUCCAUUAACUCUAAAAGGCUUCUACACUUUUAAUUAUGCUAUACAACAUUUACAUGAUGGAUUUUCUUUUCUUAUUGCUUCUUUGCUUCUGUCGCCAAAUCAAAUGUAUUCAGUUAUCUGAAUCUGAUGUAAAAAUAUCUGCAGAUGUUUACUAUCAAACUAUAACUAUUUCUGUCAUUUCUGAACAUCUUUGAACCACAAUUUGUUACACAACUUCAAAAGUUCUUCAGUACAAAAACUGCUCAAAUGAUUAUAAACACGACUCGUAUAUGACUACAGUGAUUAUUACAGUCUUAUCAUGUUAAUCCUUAGGUCACAUUUAGGAAAAUGUUAAACUACAAACUCUAAGCAUACAAAUUACCUUGUGCUUUGGGCAGUUAGAACUGCAGACAUACAUGACUGAACAAAUCCUGUCUUGAAACAGACACCCC